GAGGAAUAUCAUGUGCAUUUUCAAGCUGAUUUAUGGGGUGGGCCUUCGAGCACUCAGAAAGCUGUUUAUGGAUAUCAAUCCUUUGUGGUGCAAUCAGCCCUCUGAUGCAGCUGGCUAUGACAAAGGAACUAUGAAGCUCAAUAAAGAACAAGAAGCCAUUUUCAACAAAGGAGAUAUUAACGAAUAGGAUUUCUCCUUAAUGACAACCGCACUUCUCUACUCUAAGAACUGCAUGGUGGAGAUUAACAAGAAACCUGGUUUCACACUUGCUCUUAGGGAAUUGAGGAACUGCCGCAACAGCCUGCUAGGACAUCCUUCAACAGAAAAAAUGACUGAUUUGCAUUUCAACGCCUUCUGGUCGAUUUUGUCUGGAAACUUCGUUAAACUUGGUGCACAUCCCAAUGAAGUCGCAGAGAUCACUCACCAGUCAGGUAUUUUCAGUAAUCAAAGAUAAAGCGCCAUCUACGCCUAAGCGUUUCCCCCAAAAAAGUUUGAAUCAAUUUAGGUUUCUGGGAAACUGCCCACCUACCCUUCCCCUAAGUUAACAUGAACACUUACUUCUCACAUAGGGCAAAAUGUUGGGUUACAGGAGGGGUAGGUGGGCAGUUUCCCAUAAACCUAAAUUGAUCCAAACGUUUUUUGCAAUCUACCAUGGGGUACUCAACAACUUUGAUAUUGGGAGGCUCUGCCAUGAGGAACAACCCUUCACUUUUUUAAUACUAUUUUUGCCAGCAAAGGUACCCCUUUCGUAUACGAUCCAUAAAAAAUUAGUAGCUGUUCACCUACCUGCUUAAGUAUACUGCAUUCCUUUUCUCAACCGGCUUGGAGUAGAGGCGUGAUACAGCCAUAAGUUGGGUCUGUUUGAAAUAUUUUAAUUAAAGGUCCCUUUGAAUGGGCCUUUUUUUUCCGGGUUAAACCAAACCUAUGUUCUGAACCUUCAAAAGGAACACCUCGCAGGCUACUUAAAAUCGCGACUACUAACCAAAUAUUAAAUGGACAAUUAGAUGGUGCGGCCAUGAUUUCGCCCCUUGGCUUUUUAUUAACUGGGCUGUCUGUGCCCAGUUUAUAAAAUAGGUAGAUUUCUGCGUCUAAAAAUGAACACUAUCAAUUAUUAACCCAGUAACCCAGAAGGCGUUGCGAAUGGAGAAGGUUUUGCGUUUUUGCGUUGAUCGAGGUGAUUCGAUCAUAGUGUUAUUUUCAAUCGAUGCGGAAUGAUUUUAUAAGUUUUGUGACUUCAAGAAGUGCUGCAAAAGAGCUGUGCAGUUGCAAAUUUGGGCUGUUGAGCGCUGCCGUGGAAAGCGUUUUGACAGUGGUGAAGCAGCACAGAAAAUUCCCGAAUCACGAUCUGCGCUGCAAUCAAUAUGGCUGCAGAGCGGCUUUGAAAAGAGAAAGGAUGUUUAUUACCGGUCAUGGCAUAGCACUCGUUAAUUUAAAAAAAAAUGCAAAUCAGUACUCAUGAUCAAUGCUUGGGCCGGGGCAUUAAUUAGCGAUACAUGACCUCGUUGAGAGCUUGUUGUUCCGCAUCCUGUUCAGACAUGCGGUAUAUAGUAAUAGAAAAAUUUGAUUCCGUAGGGGUGGGGAAGGGCAACACUGGAUAGAAAAAUUUUUGUUUUUUCCAGUUCAAGUAUCAGUUCCUUGUACUCUUCAGAACAAAGUGCGCCGGCGCAGUCUUCAAAGAAGGUUUCUGUGGUUUUGGCCGACGGAUGGUAAAACAGAAUAAUAGCAACAACAUUUUUGAGGAAGGGUUUUUCAAUGCUGGUGACCUGCUGGUCGGAAUCGAAACUCUUAUGCCUGCAUGGUGAUUUGAAAAGCCGAAAGAAACCAGCUGGCCUGUUCGGCCUUUCACGUCUUUCGACGCAGGGCAACCGUCCAAAACAUAAAGCGUGUUUGUUCCCUCAAAGAAAUAACUGCACAGUUGAAGCCAGAGUUCAACCUCUUCUUGGGGGCAGUCAAUCACAAAAAUAAAGGGGUCUUGUCCACAAACCCCUUGUAGGUUUUGCUGUGGAUUAAGGUUGGGCAUAUCAAAACGAUAAUCAAACUUGUCUCGAAGAGGACCCCGCAGCUGAUUUACAAGGAAUUGUUUUUUGCCAGAGUUUUUCGGCCCCAGUUAUCAGGGCAUUCAAAGGAAUGUUAUGUUUGGGUCCAUCCUAUAUUUAAUGAUGUUCAUGUUCAAUGAUAUUCAUUGAAACCGGCUUAUCUCCUGCCACAUGUCAUGACCCACAAUUCUGUUGUCAUAAAUCCUUUUGUGAGAGCCGUUCACCGUGACGCUCCUUUUGGUGAUGUCGGGAUAAACGUAUUUUUCUGUGCCUCGGGUGCCUGCUUUGUAGGGUUCGUUGAAAAGCAAGUAUGGCCUUGAGUGACUGGUGCUGUGGGUUUACUUUGAUGUCCAGCCUGCUGUCCGUGCUUUUUUGCAAAGGUUGCCUCUUCUCGCAUAAUAUGAUCGUAAGGAAAUGCCUUAGCGCUGGAAUAAACAUUGGUUGCCUGCGAUCCUUGGCCAGCACGUCGUUGUGGAUAGUUUCGUACUCCAGCUGAAUGUUUGUCAGCUUGUAGACUCCGAGCAAGUGUCAGCUCGAAAAUAAGAUUACUGUACAGUUCCAGUGGGUGAAGGACCCCAUGGUCUGUCAAAAAUUGAUGCUCCAGUCGGGUGCGGUACUUGUUGCUGAAAACAGCGUUUAGACAAUUUUCGGCGUCCUCGCCCGCAGUGUUUUGUCCCCAGAGCCCGAGCGAAUCUUGCAAAGGGCCUCACUUUGAAUCCCUUCCAGCAACCUGUUCUUGCCGUCAUCCACAAGAAGGAAAAGAUCCUCGAAAAUUUUUUAAAUAUCAUAGUCGAAUGUGUCUUGGAGUGUGGUGCCCCCGUAUUUCACAGUGAAUUUGUCCACUUAAAGCGCCCUUGAGACGUUCUGGACUAAAACGUUAUCUGCGUGGCCACUGUUCAGAUCGAUAUUGAAAGGCAGAUACAAUGACCCCGGCACAAUGACUUCAUUUUUGUUAAGCUUUGGCACCGAGCUUCUCACCGGGGUUUGCCUCACUGCUCUUUUUCAUAGUGUGUUGUAAGGUGGUUGGAUUGCAAUGCCAUGCAUGUUAUAUAUGUUUUUUAAAAAUGUAAUAUAUAAAAAAACAUGAGAUCCUCUCAUCCCCCAUGAGGAACUCGCCGACGACGAUGAUGAUGAUGGCGCAGUCGGUUCUUCCUCAAUGCCUGGCCUUUCCGGUGAAAACUGUCCCAUGCGCACUACCAGCGGAACAGGCCGCCAGAAAGAGGGCACAUUCAAGAAACCUCUUUCAUCUAAGGCGCUGCCCUAGGGAGGGUUAUUAUUGCUGCUGAAGAUCAAAGAAUAAUCGAGGCACAGUCCAGGCUAGAAGAUCUUUAUCCGGAUAUGACUCAGAAAGACGAACAAGACUAAAUCUUUAAAUUCCCAAGGAUGAGUACCCCGGGAAAAUCGUGGGCAUUGGCCCAAAGGGAGGUGAAUCUCAGAUUUUCAAUGAAGACAUGUCCGUGAGAAAAAGCUUGCCAAAGUUUGUCGGCCUUUCAAGACAAGAGCUUAUCGCUCAAAAUCAAGCGGAGAUCGACAGGCGCAAUGCAGAAAUAGCUGCAAAUGAAGAAAUUGCUAACGAUGACAAUGAACAACCGGAAGUAAGGGAGAGACCACUUGAAAAAGUAGAAGAAGAGAUACAAAACGUCGUGGCUCUUGAAGAACAAAACGAGAAGCUUCGGGAAAAGCUUCUGCUACGUGAGCGAGUGAAAGAGAUCUUUAAAAGGUGUGGCUUAACCCUUACCACCGUUGUCCUUGCGCUUGAGUUACGAUCGGCGCUGUGACCUUAAAAAGUGAACAAGAGCAUCGGUAAAGGGUUACUGGCAAUAGGCAAAAUCGGUUCUAUUCUCCCCGGCCUGAUUGGUUCGAUCGUGAGUGUUUUUUAAAAGCAACUGGGAAACCCAUUUCCUUUCUGUUAGAAUGCACGUGGCCAAUAAUUCUUGCCGUGGUCGCCUUUUUAAUGGGAGAGUUCCUCAAGUGCAACCGUUAACGCUUCCAAUUUAACAGCCCAGUCAAAAUGACUGCGCCCACAAAGAGCAUCACCUUGUUUACGUCGUGACUUUGUAGUCGCUGGAGCGGGCGCCUUCCUGUGCGCCUCCUUAUGAAUUUGAUUGGAAGGAUGGCUGUUUGGCGGGUUAAUUUUUUGAAGAGCCGCCGUCCAUAAGGCACAGACCCUCCUUUUUUUGUCUCUUUGUUAACGUCAUUGCUCAACCCAAGCUUCAAGCUUGGUGUUGCCUGCCAGAGCUUGCUAUUGUAGGCAACUGUUCUCUCUGUAUUAAUCACCAUUCGAGAAGACAUCAGCCACGUCCCAGGCGCAGCUGCUAAAUCAAGACGCACCUUGCUUCGUCUACAGUGAGCUGGUAGAACUGCACGCUCUUGACAAGGUCUGGCUGCCUGAUAGCGUCCUCCAACAAUUCGAGGAACUCGCCCCGCACUUCUUUCGCCCAACCUCCAUCGACAAGAAUGCAGCCCUACCUGCGUGAGCCCGUUCGCCUUGUUGGUCACAAACCAAUCAAAUUGCCUAACGGCACCCUGUUUGUUUCUGAAUCCAAGAAUGUUUUCUUUGCCCUUCUCAGCCCCGCUCUCGUCUGCAAAACGCUGACUUUAAGGGCUUGACAACAUAGCCGGCGGAUUCAUCCACUUCUUAAAGGGCCAAGAACUUCUGUCUAACCAAGGCCAUGAUUUUGAUCGUGCGUGUAACUGAAGUCUGCCGUUGGCUCUUCUCUGAACUCAACGCAAAUUCUCUUGUACGACGGAUUGUCGUAUUAAUUAUUUAUUUGGUUGAAUGUCGGGUCCUCCGGCAAAGCGCUCACUCUCUGGAUGCCGCCCAGCUGGUGAAGAAUUCGCCUUGCCACGGUCAACUUAUUCGGACUUAAAAACAGUAUUUUGGAAAGUUCAAGUAAACGCCGACUCGUCUGUUUGAAACAAGAAACAGCGAACGUAGCCGGUUGAAUUGGGACAUAUCAUUUUUUAUCUGCACUUGCGCCCCACACCCCCUAUGGAAGGCUAUCCUAUGUAGUUUUGGUUGUCGACACCAUUGAAGAUUGCAUCGGAGGGGUUUAAAAUGUUGUCGGCGUCUUAAAAAAGAUAGAGGCGCCUAUUACCUCUUCUUGGGAGGGGGAGGGGGGAGGCGGAAAAAAUGGAAUGUCCGAUUUUAUUUUCAGCCACCCCCGCCACACACCCCCACUUUUUAUUUCGCUCCACCGCCGCUGUUACCGUGAAAUAAGCUUGGAACUGCUUGGAAUGAAUUUGUUGAUUACGAAAUAAAUAUUAUAGCUUUUUCAUUCCAAGAAUUAUAGAUUAUAUUACUUCUGACGAAAUAAAUCUUUCAGAAAAAAAAAAACAAAAAUGUAGUAAUUUGGACUCUUUUCUAAGACAUCAUAACCCGUUUGCAAGUCGCUUUAACAUGCAUCGCCUUUUUACGUACACAACUAAGGCUGUAACAUUACAUCGAAGUAUCGAUUAAUCGCGAUACUAACGCUGCGAUAGCGAUGGAUCAAUAGUAAAAAUGAAACAUCGAUAAAUAUCGCGAUAGUGUAGCGAACUAUCGAUAGUUUUGAUAGUUUCUAGUUUCAUUUUAACUUCUUUGGAAAUACAGAUACCAUUUUUCAUCCAUCUUUGAUUCUUACGGUCGUUAUAACAGUAAAAAAGAAACUAAAAACAAUCUACCGUCCUACUGUCCCUACAUCUAGAAUAUUUUAGUGUCUUGAUUCUUGAACCGCUUUUGGUCUAAUGUUACAGAGGGAUUGAGGUUUGUUCAAACUUCAAAUAUGGCAGCCCAUUUUUAUAGUAGCCCAGUUAAAGUCGCCUUUCGGCGAGUCUAGUUAAGUAAUGUUUUUACGUGCCAUCUUGAAGAGAAGCUUGCUUGCGAUGAUGCAAUGCCUGCGUUUCGCAGAUGAUACGUUAACGAUCUUUGGCCCGAAUGUUUAACACUUAAGCGGCGACUGAUUUUCUUACUACCCUUAACAGUCUCUACCUCAGUCUUUCCUUCUUUCACUAUUGAAUUUCCCGUUGACAACAGGAUUCCAUUUAUUCGAAUCGAAAUUAUUAAAAAUGGCGCACAGACUGAAACAGAGGUUCUUAGAGAACCAACUAUAACUGAUUUAAAAAUUGCAAAUUGUAAAAAAUUCGCGACUCCGUUGUCCAGUUUGCUACUCUGCUAUUGGAUAAUUCGGGUUUUAGAUCUGCGCGCUGUCGUCACUGUAGUCACGUUGUCCUUGCUAAAUCUGCGCUAUGUGAUACUUAACACGCUAUCUUUGUCCGACCCCGUAGAAAGUACCCCUUUCGGCUUUAGAAGAACAGACAUAAAAAGGGUCUUCUUAUGUGCCUAAGCAGGGACGUACCCUAAUCCCCUUAAGCGGAGUAACAAAAUUAGCUGUCUUUAACACGGUACCGAAAUAAAAAGAUUGCUUCCCCUAGGCGGGGUCAGGGUUUGAAGGCCUCAGCAACGCCCCUCGACUCAAUCUUCCGAUAGGUGCCUCGGGCAUUUAUCUGCUAUCGAAGUAGAAUUUACCAUUUCUUUUACGUUUGGGAGCAAUUUUAAAAGUGACUCUUAGUGAAUCUUCGCGGUUGUGGGUAAACGCGGAAGUUAACGCCCGCCUGUGAUCAACAACUUCGAAGAUUAAAGUCAAGGUUUUAUUUAUAUCGGAAACUUGAAGAUACACUGGUUAACGUUCCUAAAAAACCUUCCAUACGAACUCGCGCUCAGGCCGAACAUUCAGUUGCAUGGAAAUCACACUGCAACAAAUUCAAAUUGAUUCAAAGGAGCGUUUUCCUUGACUUUACGGAUAAAGCUGCUUUAGGUUCCUAGUAGAGGAGCCUCCGCAAGCGCGCGCAAGCGUGGAGCUCCAUACCUAGGAAAAUUUGGUGAACUACCCAUCCGAAAAAAUUUGGUUAUGACGUCACAGUACGCGUCCGUACGGACGCUCCGGGUAGAGGUAAGUAGAAACGAAUUCCUCCCCUCCCUCCUAGAGAGUUUUGUCCCCUAUUGUUUCAAAAGGCUUUGGAAAUGAUUGACAAAUCGGAAUCUGCUAACUGAGCAAAUGUUUGGUGCAUUUUAGGGGCCGACCAUUUGACUUUUGAUGGGGUUAUGGGUGAUUUUUAGAAAAAAAUAUCCUGCAGACUGAUUUCGAGGGGAAAAAGCUCUCAAGUAUAUAACUGGAAAAAACAAUGUCCUGCACACAAAAAAAUAUCGCUUGUGACGUAUAUAAUGCUGAAAAAAAAUCUUACGCUGUAAUAUGUCAGGGAAAAAAACUCUAACUCCAGAGAUUUGAGAAAAAAAUUCUUAACAAAAGUAAAUCACUCAUACCCCAAUCCCCCACAAAAGUUACAUGGUCAACUACAUAGGGGGUGGGGGAAGAAGCGGAUUUGACACGUUAGUAAAUGUCAUCCAUCAACAAAAUGGCUGGCGCACGCUCAUCAUGUGGUGGUUUUCAAGACUAAAGUUUUGUAUUUCAAGAUUAAAAAUACGCCGAUAAAGACAUCAAUGGAAAGAGAAAGUUCAAAAGAAUGCUCGGUUUCUUUUUUGUGGACAAACGAGAGCUUUUCGCUAUGAAACUGUCUUUCGAGGAAUUCAACCUUGUGUUCUUCACCGCGGAUCAGAGCGCCUCGCUUGUUUUGAACCAACCUAAACAGCGAGGUUUCUGAAGAAACUUGAGAUACAUUCUGUAUACUCUAUGGUCAAGGAAAGUACGUUUUUAAAAGGGAAUGUUUGUAUUUAUAAAGGUUUCAUAGACGUUUUCCUCAUUUAUACAUCGGCGUGAAAGAAAACCACAAAAUGUCACGGGCACACAACGAGAAUAUAGUUCAAAACCAUUUAAACAUAGCAUUGUUAAACGUAUUUUAGUAAGAAAACGGUAGAUAUUGGUAUAUUUUUAUCCCCUAAAAAGUUUUCAUCUGUUCGGAUUCCCUAGCUGAAAGUCUAGUCAUCCGAAAAUUGGAGGGAUCAAAACUUACCUUCUCGAAAAUUUCAGCCAGAAAAAAGGCUCCCGAAAAUCUAGGUGACCUUUUUAGGGUAAAAACCGUUAAAAACGGGCAAUUAUACCAUUUUUUAGAUGUUCGAAAAUCCUAGGAAAGGCAGGCAAGCAAGAAAUUUUACAACAAAUGUCCCGAAAAUUCUAGAUCUCAAAUCGACUUCCCAACAUAUAUUUUCCGAAAAUUGACGUUGGGUGGCCCUGAAAUGUGCAUUUGUAAUUUAUUUUUUGCCAUGUGCUCAGCCGAUUUACUUUAACUUGCGUGAACCGAUCCACGAUCCAGUUAGUGUUACCGAACGCGAAUCGCUCUUUAGGAUUAACUUAUGGGUUUUUGAAUAAAAAUUUUCAAGUAAUUAAGUUAUUCAUCUGUCAUUGCUCAUAACAUUAACUCAAAACACGAUCGUGAGAUUUUUAGAAACACUUCAGACGGGCUACUCCCCAUUCUUGAAUUAAAAGUUAAGCGUUGUUUUUGUGUAUAAACUACACAUGUUCCAUUGAACUAUUCAUUUUCUUAUUCAUUACUUGCCGUUCAAGAAUUUUGCAUGAACACAGCUGAAACCGCUUGAAUGAAGUUUGUUUUCAGUUGUUUGUUUACUACUAUUUAUUCUCGCUGAAAAAGUGAGCUGAUCUAAAAUAUGAAAGAGUUCUCCUCUAUUCUAACAACAGACUCGUCGGCUUUUCGAGCCCGAGUUUGUCUUUAUUAUUUGUUAUUUUUUAAAAAGUUGUGAGUUGCUGUGUUAUUAACGUUUAUAAUUUGUAAUGUAAUUAACAUAAGUCUACCGCACAUUUCUUAGCAGUGCACUGUACAACACCUGAGCACGAACCGCACAGUUUGAGUAGGUUAGAGAUUGGAUUAUAGUUAUGAAUAGCGAAAAAGGUUAUCGUUUGCUUUCCUAUUAUGUGUCUGUCCUCAAAGAAAAUAUACACCUUACGGGAAAAGUUUCAAUCGGAUAUUGUAAGGCUGUAAAAAUGGAAAGGCUACUCACAACUGUUCGUCCAAGCCCGUUUAAAAAAUAUAAUGUAAUAAAAUAAAAUAUAAUGGGCUUACAGGAACACAAAAGUGCCUAUGUCGACCUAAUUUUCCUUUUAGGUCUUCCCUUUAAGACAGAAAUCCCAACCCUAGAAACCUUUUUGGUUUUUCGGCUUUGAGUUCAUGUUAUUAGUUUAAAUUUGAUUCCUGUUAUCACAAGUAUAGAAACGGAGGCUUCAUUUUUAGCCCUGGCUAAAUCUAUAUAUUAAACUAACUGUAGGAAGAUUUCGAUUCUAUAUAUAUACUUGUUUUGGGAAUUCCCAAAAUUCGAAUAAUUACGGCUGAUCCACAACGAUUCGGAAGACUUAUGACAAAGCAAGAAAGAUAUUUUAAUCGGGUUCUGCAAAACAUGAAUAUUUUUUCUUUAUGUUAGAUUAGGAUCUGAAAAAGAUGGGAAAUAAUUGAAUUUGAGAUAUAAUAUCCUGCACAUGUUUGAAGUAUUCCUUUAUUGUUUUGAUUUAGAUGAAGUCCUCUUCUCGGGAGAGUAUUACAGACAGCUGUUUUUAAAAGAAAAAGCAAAAGAAGCUUAUUUGAAGGAAACCCUGGGUGUCAUUGUGGACAAACUGGAUACCGUCCUUAAAAAUCAAUCAACAGAAGCUGUAUAUACAGGUACUUUCGGGCAAAAAGAACUUGGCAGUCCAAACUGGGAUGAAUGGAUUAAGUUCUGCGAGACUGUUGGAAAUUUUGAGCCUAACCAGAAUCAGUACAUUCUUAUUACAGAUGCACUUCCUUUUGAAGAGUUGGAGUGCUUUUCUAUUCUUAGAGGUGUGUCAUGGAGGAUGGUCUUGGACUUUGAUCCAAUGUCAGAAGAAAAAGGGUUCUAUCGCGAAUUCACGUCGAUGGAGGGACAAAGUAACUUGGUCAGUAUGAUCACACCAGCAGAGUUGAAGAAAAGUACAAUGAGUAGUAUGUUACGUCAAAUCGAUCCCCAGAAGAUUCAGUGGCUCUUUGCUAAUGGCAGACAGAGCGACGCUGAGGGUAGCGCACUGUCAUUUCCGGAAUGGGAGGCUACCUCAGUUAAACAAAUCACCAGGCUCUUCAGCUGCUGUUCUGAUCCUGACAAAUUUGACAAGCAGAAGCCGAUCGUGUGCCUUAUUCUUCCUUUUCGCCAUGUGACCUUGCCGUACUUGCAAGUAACAUUAAGUCGUCUUGUCGAAAACUUCGAUGAAUUCAGGUUAAGGCUUGUCUCCUUCAAACACAAUCUUGGUCAUUUAAUUACAAAGCAUUUUGAAGUGCGCCACUUUGACUUGAACUCGAAAAUUAUCCGUCAGGGUCUGUCUGACAUGCUACGUGCAUCGACAGCACAAGAAUACCGAAUGCCUUCAUCGCAAGCUGGAGUUCUUGCCAAGCUAACUCAAAAUGAAUUUCUUUACCUCAACGAACACCUUGAAAUUUUGAAUCAGGGAUGUGAAAGCCUGCCAGAAUUUUCUGGUGACCCAACUGAAGCGGAGAAUUUCUUUGAAGAACACAGAAAAUCAUUUAUCUCAGGAAACCAAAUUUCACUUGUAAGUCUCUAUGACAAUCACGACGCAAGAAGAGAGAUUAGCAAGAAAAUCCGGACCCAUGUUCAACGUCUUCUUGAUCAGGGCUUGACACGAUCCUUGAUCGUAGAAAUUAGGCACUCUCCCGGAACUGGUGGCUCAACGAUCGCCCGCAGAGUUAUGUGGGAUCUUCACACAACGUAUCCUUGUGCCUUUUUGAAAAUUUCAAGCUCCCCCCACUAUUUUGACGAGGACAACACGCUAUCAGACAAAUUUGCUGACCGAAUAUCAGCACUGGAAGAAAUCUGUCAGACUUCCCCAGUGAUUCUAAUUGAUGGACAGCAGUCAGGGAUGAUUGAAGGCCUUUCAAACAAACUUGUGCGGAUGCUAUGUAACAAAGGUAAACGAGCCCUCCUGUUGCGUUGUCAACACGGAUCAAAGACCUGAAAAAGGGAGGAAUCAUCAAAUGUUCACUACGUAUUUGAUGUGAACGUGAAACUGGAAGACUCAUUGGCUGAUCUUAAUGAGUUUCAGUCCAAGUAUAAGGAAUACAUUGCUCAAUCGUUAGGUGGAAACCAAAAACCUAAUUUGUGCCGUGUUUUUCAUUUCCCUCUUCUUUCCAUGAUGGAGGAGUUUCGUCCUAAACUGGAGAAGAUAAUAGAUGACACCCUAGAUGAAAUGGGAGGCAUUCAACAAGAAAUUGCUUUGGUAGUCGCAUUCUUACAGAAAUACGCAAAUCAUGCGACACCAGCAUUGCUCCUUUACGAAGCCUUUAAAAGGUUUAUCCUUGAUGUUCAACUGAGAAAACGACUACUUAUGAAGACAUCAAACAGCUUUUCACAGAGCACUUGCUUAACCUAAUGAUACCAGCAGAACCGCUCCUCCCCAGAGGGAGAUCCAGUGGCUCAAGGGAGACGGCACCCGAGAAAUACACUUUUCAGCAUCCCUUGGUGGCGGAUUUGGUGCUAAGAAAGGUUUUCCGGGCACAAGAGUGUGAUCUUUUUGGAGUAGUGAGGAAGUUCCUUCAGUUUCCUAUUUACCAACACGAAAGUUUCCUACCCCUGUUUGAAGAGUUGUUCCUGUACAACAAGUACGGAAGGAAGCUUAAAUUUUCAAUCCUUUUUGAAGACCUCAAACGGAUCAAUCCAGAGCUCGCAGGAAAGGUAUUCUGCGAAGCAGCUGCGAAAACUAACGACGCCGCAAUAUUUGCCAACGCAGCAAGAUUCCUUGCAAAGAAAGAACCGCCAUCUUUCACAGAAGCAAAAACAGUCAUGCAACAAGCGUUCCAAGCCAACAAGUCGAUGAUGCGAUUACGCAGCCUAUAUCACACGAAAGGUGUCGUCCUGUAUUUGGAAAUGAAGCACAAGUUCAAUACUCGCAAAGUUAAAGAUUUGCAGACUGUUGAAGAACUGGCCAGUAAGGUGCUCACCGCCUACCGCGAGGCGCGUAACUUUCCUCCUACAUAUCCCCAUCCCUUGAUUGGCGAGGUUGAAGUUUGGUUGGCUUGUAUUGAUUGGAUCAUGAAAAACAAAUGUAAUCGCGAUUCAGAUAAGACCUUGAAGUUUCUAACCAACGAAUCACCCGCUUUCUUUCGCACCUGUGUCAGCGAUUCUUUUCAACUAUUGGAUAUUGUGGAUGGAAUUGUGCAAAGUGUACCUAACUUAACAGAUCCGGAGGAAACGCAGAGGCUCAGUAACAACGCCCGUUUGUCGCUGAUGAUGACGUUCAAAAAGGACGUUUUCGUACCUGGACGAAGACGAGAUGCAGAAGAUUUAAUCCAACUUUGCAAGACUCUUUGCAGUGCUCCUAAUUUUCAGAAGUCAUCGCAGGUAGAACUCAAGAGGCUCCAGGCUCACUUCCUUCUGAGCUCCACUGAGCCAACUGAACUGUCCCCUGAAAAACUUCAGUAUUUGUUGAAGCUGCUGGAAGAACUUGUUCUGGUGGAAAAUGAAUACCGGCUUGCUUACCACUUAAUGAAGGUUUGUAUGCUGGUAACUGGGCUAAGAAGCUACACCCUCGACCAAGGGCUUACUUUGAGUGAGAGAUGGCGGGACGCCUUCCCAAAUGAUUGCAUGCCUUAUUUCUAUCAGAUGGUCAUUUACUUUUUGAAUAUCCUUGACGGUAACUCUCUUGAAUUCGCCGCGAAGUACCUCAAAUCGUUGCGGAUGUGUCGAGAAAAGUCUCAGAAUCAUUUUCGAAGCACACAGUCUACCUUGUUUGUAGGAAAGGACGGACAAGGGAUGUCUCGUCUAAUCACCCGUAAUGCUUUAUUCAAAGGGGAAACUGACUAUUCUACAGAUGACUCUGGUAAAGUGUCACGAUUCUGGCGGAUAGACAGUCGGAGGAAACUGCUCGAAUGUAAAGGACGAAUUCGAGUUGAGAAGUCUUCAGGUCGUUUUGGAAAGGUCCACCCUUACAUUGAACUGGUACAAGGAAAUCUGCACCUUUAUGUCGGUAAGAAUGCAGACAUUGGCAAAGUAGAAAGGGACUUUACCCCUGGCUCUUUGGUAUACUUUGUCGUGAGUUUUAAUCUUCAUGGACCCGUUGCUAACGGGAUGACUUUCGCAUCGCAGAAUCCAACCUAGUUUAUUAACAUUGGCUACACUUUUAUACACGAAAGUACUUUAAAGUAGAGCCGACAUGUUCGACUUCCUGUUCAAUCCUAUUUUUAAAUGGAUUUUUUAACCAUAACAAAUGAAAGAAGAAAGAAAAAUAGGAAUACAGUGCAUGGUGAAAAAACUAAGAAAGUGUGUUCCAUUACCAAUCAAUACAGUUAACUAGAUACAGGUAAAACAGCUAAUAACAGAUUAAUUGAUAGUAAAAGAAAAAAAA